ACCGAGGGAGGAACCGCCUAUUGCUGUAAAAGUCCCUACCCCUCCAUAGGGUCAAAGUCUGUACGAAACCUACGGAAGACUACAGUUAGUCAACUUCACACGAGUUCACUUCAACAAGAGGAUUAACAAGUUUAUAUUUCUCAAAGCCGGGAUGACUCCACAGCUGAAAGGCUGCCUUUUUAUUCUACUGGCGUCCUUUAUAACGUUUGUUAUUGUAAGCGCGGAAGGACAUGGUUUCCACAGACAGAAGAGAGAGUGGAUCAUCGCUCCCAGAAAACUGAAGGAGAACCAUGAUUACACAGGACUGCAGAGCAUUGCGAGAAUCCGCUCUGAUAAGGAGAAUUACACAAAGAUUUUGUAUUAUUUAACUGGACCUGGAGUUGAUCAGCCCCCUGUGGGGGUUUUCCAGGUUGAACGUGAGACCGGUUAUGUCAAAAUCUUUUCCAUUCUGGACCGGGAAGAGAUCGCCUUCUAUCAUCUAAAAGGUGAGGCAAGGUUCACUGAUGGGACUCUAGCCGAGAAGGAAAUAGAUCUCAAAAUCACAGUUGUGGAUGAGAAUGACUGUCCACCGGUUAUUGCAGCACAAGUUGGAUCUGUUAAUGAAUCAAGUGCAGCAGGUACUGUUGUAAUGAGAGUGAUAGCUACUGAUGCUGACGAGGCGAACACAAUCAACUCAAAGAUCAAGUACAGCAUUGUGGAGCAAAGUAACUUGGGCGGGAUGUUCUACAUCAAUGCUCAGACUGGAGAGGUCAUCGUGCACAGGACCACUCUCGACAGGGAGACACAAGAUACAUACAGGUUGACUAUUAAAGCCGCAGACCUGGAUGGACUACCAGGAGGAAACACAGGUACUGGACAAAUUGAGAUCAAACUCCUUGACAUAAACGACAACAUCCCAACUUUGGAAAAAGAAUCGUAUGAAGGGAGCGUGGAAGAGAACACCAUCAAUGUGGAAGUGAUGCGGAUCAGAGCUCUGGACAUGGAUCUGAUGUACUCUGACAACUGGCUGGCUGUCUUUGAAAUAGUCUCAGGAAAUGAGGGCGGCUACUUCAGCAUCACUACUGAUUCUAAGACCAAUGAGGGGAUUAUCAUGAUCAACAAGGCUUUAGACUACGAAGAAAUAAAGACACUCGACUUGAAGAUUGCUGUUUCUAACAAAGCGGCGUACAAUUUUGGCAGCAGCUCCUCACCAGGAGGGUCCAUAACUUCUAAAUACUACCCUGUUAAAAUAAAUGUCGUCAAUCAGAAGGAAGGUCCCCGUUUCCAGCCAAAUGUCAAAGUGGUGACAAUCUCUGAGGACCACACAUCUGUGUCCCUCAACCAAAUUAUCACCACAUACGCUGCUAUUGACAGUGACACACAACUGACAGCCACCAACGUAAGAUAUGCCAAGAUCCAAGAUGAUGACAACUGGCUGAUUAUAGAUAGAAAUACAGCAGAUAUCAGGCUGAACAAGCUGCCAGACAGAGAGUCCAAGUACUUGAUCAACGGAACAUAUUAUGCCAAAAUCAUAUGCAUCACUACUGAAACUCCUUCAAAGACGGCCACAGGGACAAUAGCUAUUCAGGUGGAGGACUUUAAUGAUCACUGUCCUAAACUGACCGCCACAACUCACACCAUGUGCCUGGAGGAUAACGUCAUCUACGCUGUAGCUGUGGACGAAGAUGAAUUCCCCAAUUCGGCUCCGUUUGACUUCACUGUGAUCAAAGAGAGUAGCAAGGGGAAGUGGAAAGUGGAGCCUCUUAAUGAAACUGCAGCCAUCCUACGAGACGAAGCCAACUUGUGGCCUGGAAUUUACAAAGUUGUAGUGGAGGUCAAGGACCAGCAGGGAAAGUCAUGCGCGGAUGUUCAAGUCAUGGACGUUAUUGUGUGUACUUGUGCUGAAAACACUAGAACCUGUGUAGGGCGCACUACAAAAACAUCUAGUUUUGGAGCAUCAGGUGUCUUGCUCCUGCUCCUGGGACUGCUGCUUCUCCUGUUGGUGCCCCUCCUGCUGCUGUUCUGCCUAUGUGGUGGUGCAGCAGCUGCUGCGAAUUUCAAGGCGAUUCCCUUUGAUACAAAACAACAGCUGAUCUCAUAUCACACCGAGGGACAGGGAGAAGACAAGGAAGUUCCUCUUCUCACUGCCCCUGUUGAGGUUGAUGGUGCCACAAUAAAUAUCAGGAAUGUCAACAAUCUGGGGGGAAAGGGGUACCUAGGUGGACUUGUUGAACUGGGAGGAGCAGCAGGUGGAGGAGCAGCCUUAGGCAGCUCCAUACUGACAACUGAGAACAUGCACAUGUACAACCAAUACAACCAGUCCAGUGGGCAAAUAGAGAUGGACUACAUGGGUGCUGGGAGGAUGACUGGACAGGAGCGUCUUUACUCCAGAUACAGAACUGGGAUGUUUGACGGGAUGGCCUUGUCUGAGCAGUUUCUGGGGGAGUAUUAUUCCAGUAAAUCUGAACAUGCCACACAACAGUCCCAGCAGAAGGAUGCUCUGAUGAUUUAUGACUACGAGGGUCAGGAGUCCCUCGCAGGCUCUGUCAGUUGCUGCAGCCUCCUUGAGAAUGAUGAUGACCUUGCAUUCCUGGACGACCUUGGGCCUAAAUUCAAAACCCUGGCUGAGAUCUGUCGGGGUUCAGCUUUGGUGACCGAGACUGUUGAUGCUGGCGUUUCUGUCUCUCCUCUCAGGCCAGUGUCUCCUGCCAGGCCCUCCACCUCCACCCAUACUCACACCCACACUCACACAGAAAGUAUCAGGGACAGGGACCACACCAACAUCAAUACCAUCAACACCUCCAAUGUAGCGUCCAGAUCCUCCACCUUUGUCCAGGAGGAGCGAGUCGUGGAAAGUUCAGCUACGGUUCCAAAGGUGCAGGACAAGUAUGUGAUCCCCAGUCAGACGCUGCUCAUACAGCAGCCAGCCAUGUACUACGCUGCAACGCCCAUGUAUGUGGUCGAACAGAAGACUCCAAUGGUACUGGUGUCUGGUGCCCAGCAGGCAGUGGGUCAAGUGGCCUCAGUCGGACUCGGUCAGGGUCUUGUUAAGGUCGGUGGCAUCCAAAGUUCUCAAGGUGUCGUCUUUGUGGAUAGGCAAGCAGGAAUGGAUGGAGUGACAGGGCAUGUGGCACAAGACCACACACAAGGAACUACGUCCAGGUCCAGAAAGGUGCUGGUAGUGGAGAAUGGGUCUUCGGGUGGGGAGCAGGUUGCACAUGUAGCGCAGGGAUUUAUGCAGACAGCAGAGCAGGGCGUGGAGCUCAGAGGUCAGGGUAUGCAGGUUCAAAGUCAGACCUUUUCAGUGGGGUCACGUGGUUCUAUGGGGUCUCAUGAGGACAUCCUGAUGGCAGCCAAACCAAAAGGGCAAGGGAAUCAGAGAGUGGUUGUGCAGCAUAAAAAGGUGUUAGUGACUGAGAGGAAUGUUGAGUCUAGUACAAGAGCAUAGAAAAGUUGCUCCUGUUGCAUUAUAAAUAAACUUAUGAUUCAAUCUACCACAAAGUAUAUACAAACUAGACAUAAUAUGGCCACCUGUGCAGUAAACAAAACACAAUAUAUUUCACAAUUAUGAAGCUUCUGCAGUUUCAGUUUUUAAAUGAUAUGGUUAGUAAGGUCUUAAUUCUCUUAUUUAUCAUUAAAGUGUUUGUGUACUUGAGUGUGUUAUCUCUAUGUGUUUCUAGUAUUAUGCUCCCUUAAUGUAUGUGUCUACAGUGGCUUGAAUAUGGGACAUUUUCAUAUUUGGUGUUCGCCACUAGCUAUGACCUUAAUAAUAAAUGUAAAGUGUAAUUUUCAUCUUUAUAACCCUGCCAACAAACUUAAGGUGUGGAAGCUUUUGCACUAGAUUACAUAGUUCAGGGAUUGGCAACUGGUGGCGCAGAUCUUCAUGAGUUAGUUUCAAAUUUGAAAAACCUGUAAAGAUUUAGAAAAACAUGUCAAAAACUGCAGUGAAGUUAUUCAUCCUGUGAUGACCAAACAACACCAUGCAUAAGUUAGAAUAUGAGGUAGCAAUAUUUUGAUACUGUCUUUAAUUACUGAGAUGCAUUUUGUCCCUUUGAAGAAAAUAGUGAAUAUUAUCGGCUGAAUUUCCUUAUGUAAAACUCUUUUAUAAAUAAUUACGUAAAUAUAUUUGGAAAAAAUUUAUAUAUUUAUGUAAAAUAUACCUCAAUAACUAGCAAAUACAAAGUUGGUUAAAUUGAAAAAAGCUUACAAUUGCAUUAAUUUGUGCUUAGCUUGUUAAAUCAAGCAUUUAUAAUUGCAUUUAAGCUCUAAAAUAUGAACGUCAGUUUCAUUAAUUGUGAGCUGCAUAUUUGACCAUUUUAUCCAAAAAUAUAUAUUUAUGAGGGUAUCCUACUUCAUAACAAUGUGGCCCUUCAGCAGUGAGAGUAAACUUUUGCAGCUUUUCAACUAUGACUUUUGGCAAACCAAAACCAAGCUGCACUGGUUUGCUUCUCACUAGUUUGGCCAUGUUGGUCUGCGCCCAGUGCACCCAUCCACCAAUGCAUGAUGAUGUCACAGAGUUUUGUCAUCAUUUGGGACAACUGCAACCAGAUUUUGAAAUACCGCAACCAGACUUUGAAAUAAACUUUGGAAUUUCCCCUUGUGGGACUAAUAAAGGAAUAUCUUAUCUUAAAUACCUGCUAGAUUCGCAAUAGAAGAAGAGGAAAAAGUUUUGAAGCGGAAUCAAUGGGUGUUUCUUCUUCUGGAGGAACAAAACAAUACUUAGUGAAGCGUAGCUUUUAUCAUAAACAAUUUAAGACACUACAUCAUCAGGUCUACACGUGCCCUCAAACGGGUAGCUCAAUUGCGGUGGCAAACCAUCUCCUGCUGUGCUGGGCUGCCAUGCAGAGUCAAAACAAGUACAGCCAAACCACUCAAUGUAAUGGAAAAACCCCAGUUAUGAUAACCAAGUUGCCCAUCCCUGGCAUAGGUGGCAAAAUUGCUCAUGGCUUAUCAGCACCAAUCUAAAAAUGUUUUUAAAGAGGAAUAGAUUUUUGUUAAUAAAAACUAGUAAAAGAGUCUAAUCUAUGUAGUGACAUCACACUAAGCUAAGACAGAGAAAUAUACAGAAUUAGAGAGAAGUUGUUACAGGUACAUAAUUAGCAUGGAUUCAGGGUGGGAACGGUUUGAGUAAGCACAAGAGAAAACAACCAGUUCUAACUACAGUGUGUGAUCCCAUCAAACAAAAUUACAAACCUCACACACCUCAUCUGCUGAACAAAAGCAAACAAGAAAUCACAGAGUGCAAACAAAGUUUGCAUGUAGGGGCAGGAUAAGAAAGGGUGCACUUGGUUAUUUACAGUCUGAAGGUUAGAUCAGAUCAGCAAGUACUCUCACUAUUCUGGCUUUAAAUUUACCAGGCUUGGAAAAUAAAAGAUGGAGUGGGUUGACCACAGAUGACUUUUUUACUACCACAGGCUGCCAUUGGUAUGGACUCCAUACUCAUAAGAUUCCUAAAACUAUUCCUCUAUUCAGUUAAAAUCCUGUUUACCGCUACUCCUAAUCCAAGUGAUCCUCCUGGAGUAAAAGUAUACUGUAAUUAGACUGAGUGUUGUUGAUCCUGAGAAGUCCACCAUUGUUUUGUAACUGAAGCAGAGCUAGAACAAAGUUUCAGUAGUCUGAGACCUACAUUCAUCCAUGAACACUAGAUUCAGAGCUACAAGUACUCUGCUGUUGGAUUUUCUUGUUCAGUUUUUAAAAAGCAUCAAUGGUUUGUUUUUAAAGAUUAGCUUUACCCAUGCUAUAAGCUUCCCUGCUGACUUUUAGAUUUUUUAAACAAGUUCAAACUGUAACUAGUUAGGAGCUGUUAUGGGUGGCCACUGCUUCCUUGGAAACUCCAUGGAAUGAAGAUAAAUCCUGUUUGUACUGUUAAACAAAAGAAAGGACGUUUUGGAGAAGAACCAAGGCCAACAUCUUUAAAAGAUUUAGUGCACUGAAACGUGACUAGGAUAUGACAAAACACUAUUGUCAUCACAAACUGUUAACCAAAGAAGAGACCGCUCUGUUAAAUUGUUGCACUCCUUUUUUUCUUAUUUCUACUCAAUGUGUUGAUUUAUGAUUUGUAUUUUUAUAACAAUCCAAGUGUAAUCCAAAAGAUUUAAGUGCCAAAGAUGUGCAAUUAUGUAAAAUAUCAAAUGAUAUCCCUAUUUUUUACAAAUGUAAAUAGUGUUUUAAUUUCCAGAUAAACUUUUAAUGAGUUGCUUUUGUGUGUAUUUGUGUGCAGAUGUAGAAGUAAUGUUAGGUGAGAGGAGGCCGAAUACUCUAUUAUGUGCUUUAAAGCGCUGAAAACAUAUUGGAGUUUGAAUGUCUGAUACUGCUGUUCUGGCUGCUGGUGUACAUGUGUUUUAUUUCUAACUGCUUAUUUUUUGUAUUCAUUGUUUGCAUAUUUUGUUUUGAGCAGAAUGAUAGUGCAGCACAGCAGCAGUAUUUUACCUGGUAUUGAUUAUGUGUCUUGUUCAGUUGUGUAUUUGCAGGCAAAUGAGAUUAGAAAGCCGUCCCGUCCUUUAAUUUUACUGUAUGCAUUUGACUACAUAUUGCUGUUUUACAGUUCUUCAUAUUUCAUCACAUUAUUUUCAGAUUCAAGUUUACCUGAAUUCCUUUGCACACCUAUUCUUGUUGUACAUAUUCAAAAUACAAAAUGAUGCUGUUUCUUCAUUAAACUCACAGCUUAAGCUUUA